AUGCUUCGCCCAGCUUCUAUCUUCGCACUUGGUGCCCUUCUCUUCCUUUCACUUCUCGAUUCUGUGUCCGCUGCGACAGCUGGCUGUGGAAAAACCCCAAGACUGAACAGUGGUGUUCACACCAUCACAGUCAACAACAAGCAGCGCCGCUACACUCUUCGCGUGCCUCAAAACUAUGAUAACAAGCGUCAAUACCGCUUCAUCUUUGGCCUGCACUGGCUCAACGGUGACAUGAACGCGGUCGCUAGUGGAGCUGCUCCCUACUACGGCCUCGCUGCUCUUGCCGGUGAGAGCACCAUCUUUGUAGCCCCAGACGGUCUCAACAGGGGAUGGGGAAACCAGAAUGGAGAGGACAUUGCCUUCCUUGACGCAGUCAGGAAGCAGAUUGACGACGAGUUCUGUGUCAACGAGAAGCUCCGCUUCUCCCUAGGUUUCUCCUACGGUGGUGCCAUGUCCUUCAGCCUGGCUUGCAGCAAGGCGGCUGACUUCCGAGGUAUUGCUGUCUUGUCUGGUGCCACCCUCUCUGGAUGUGCUGGCGGCAACACCCCCAUUGCGUUCUACGGUCAACACGGUGUCAAGGACAGCGUUCUGCCCAUCUCUUCCGGAAAGCAGAUCCGUGACCGCUUUGUCCAGCUUAAUGGAUGCCAGUCUAAGAACGCACCCGACCCAUCGCCCAACAGCCGCCAGCGCGUCAAGACCGUAUACGAUGGAUGCAAGUACCCAACUCAAUGGACUUCCUUCGAUGGAGAUCACGUCGCGCUUCCCGGAGAUGCAGGAAACGAUGUUGGCGCUCAGAGCUUCACACCCAAGGAGGUCUGGGCCUUCUUCAGCCAGUUCACCUAA